AAUCCUUUCUGAUGUGGAGGACUGAGUUACCGAAGUUGGACAGAAUACUGAGGGAAAUACAGGAACUCGGUCCUGAUCCACAGGAAUACAUGAACAUCGCCCAAGGUUUAUCUGAAUUACCCACUCAGCUGAUAGAUGUUCAACAGAAACACAAGGAGACUCUGCGGACACGAACUGAAACACUGAGAGUGAACACGAUCCUGAUGACGGAGAAGGUGAAGGUUUUCCAGCUGGCUGAUCGAUACGCUGAGCUCACGGUCAUUUCUACUGUUCGAGAUCGGACACUGGUGGAACAUGAGCUGCUGGCAAGAGGCAGAGACCAUGAGCAUUAUAGAGAGAAACAACUCCGCAGACAGCUGGAAAAAAUCCGUACUGAUCAGUUAUUCCACAGCAGCUUUUCCCGGAGUAAAUCCAAAUCUGGGAGUUCAGCAGCAGUGGCCGGAGUCCCGGGGAUCGGGAAAACAACGAUGGUACAAAAGAUUGUUUAUGACUGGGCCAUGGGGAAAAUAUAUCAACAGUUCCAGUUUGUCUUCAGUUUCAAAUUCCGAGAUUUAAACAGUAUUGACUGUCGAAUAAACCUGAAGGAACUGAUUCUGGAUCAGUAUCCUUACUUUGGGAAUAUCCUGAGAGAAGUCUGGAAGAACCCAGAGGGAUUGCUGUUUAUAUUCGAUGGUUUAGAUGAAUUCAAACACAAAAUCGAUUUUGCGGACAGUCGGAGAGAUACAGAACAAAAGCACCAGUGCCCAGAUCCCGAGUGGUGGUGUGAAGUGUCGGACAUUGUGUACAGUUUAAUCCAGGGCAAGCUGCUCCCAGGGUGUUCAGUGCUGGUGACCACCCGCCCCACUGCGUUACAUUUAUUGGAAAAGGCGGAUAUCAGUGUCCGGGCUGAAAUCCUGGGAUUUGUUGGUGAGGAACGGAAGGAAUAUUUCAUCAGACAUUUUGAAGAUCAGACGGUGGCCGAAGCUGUUUUCAAACACGUGAAGGAGAACGAGAUCCUGUACACCAUGAGCUACAACCCCUCCUACUGCUGGAUCCUCGCUCUGGCACUGGGCCCCUUCUUCACACAAAGAGUCAGGGACCCACAGCGAGUUCCCAAGACUAUCACCCAACUGUACUCCUACUAUAUUUACAACAUCCUGAAAAACCACGGCCGUGAGAUUGAGAGACCCCGUGAUGUGUUACUCAGGGUUGGUCAGAUGGCCUUCAGAGGAGUGUCCGAGAAGAAGAUUGUGUUUACAGAUGGAGAUUUGAUCAAGUACAAUCUUCAGCCUUCCCAGUUCCUGUCCGGGUUCCUGAUGGAGCUUUUGGAGAGAGAGGAUUCUGCCCAGAGCGUGGUGUACACAUUCCCACACCUCACCAUACAAGAGUUUGUAGCUGCAGUGACACAAUUCCUGAUCCCAGAUGGCAGAGAUAUUAAGAAACUCCUCACUGAAACCCACAACACGACAGAUGGGCGAUUUGAGGUAUUUCUCCGUUUUGUUGCUGGUCUCUCCUCUCCAAUGACAGCUCGGGGCCUGGUGGAGAUUCUGGGUCCAUUUCCUCAUGAAACAACCUGCCGGGUGAUUGACUGGGUGAAGGAGGAGGUUAAACGUCAGAGUGGAAACACAGAGAGUGAAGCUGGUAAAAGGAGCCUCCUGAACACAUUGCACUACCUGUUUGAGUCUCAGAAUCGUGGACUGGCUCAGGACGCACUGGGAUCUGUGGAAACACUUUCAUUCAGUAGAUUGACACUGACCCCGAUUGACUGCGCGGUCCUGUCUCAUGCCAUCGGAUUCUGUGAUACAAUAAAACACCUCGACCUGGAGAACUGCCACAUUCAGUGUGAAGGAAUCCAGCGGCUGGGACCCGGGCUGCACAAGUGCCAGGUGUUGAGGUAACUUGAUUUAUCUCUCACUCGGAACUGUGAAACUGUUCUAUUGUGUCAUUUCAAUGUAAAUGGAUUUCGGAUAAACUGUGAUAAAUCAGAUUGUGAAGAAUUGUGACAAAUGCCCAGGGGAUCGGUCAGUAAUUCCCCAAGGACAGGAGGGUUCUGUGGCUCCUUGUGAAGGGAUGUUGGAGACUUCAUCAGAUCAGUGAACAACGACCAUUGGUUUAAUGGUAGUAAAUCACAGGAAUGGCCGUGUUUCCUGCUGCCUGUGACACGUCCAUUGACAAUGUUCCUUCUCACUGUUACUGACACCCAGACCGACACUGACUGCAGCAGAUGGGUCAAAGAUUCACACCCCCUUCCCGGUGAGGGACAAGAGGCCGUCUGCAGACUGUCCCAGUGAGAAGGAAAGAAAUACCAUUGUGAGAUUGCCCUCCCCUGCCCUUUCCUGUUUGUGACUUUGCUCACUACCAGAUACACAGAGAGCGAGGCCGCAUCUCCUCUGGGUCUCUGUUCAGACACAACACACGCGUACAAAAAUUCCCCUUCCUCCUUUCGGAUCUCUCUUCCAAUCCCCCUUCCUCCUGUGGGAUCUCUCUGCCUCAUCCCCCUUCCUCCUCUCAGAUCUCUUUUCCCCAUCCCCCAUCCUCCUAUGGGUUCUCUCUUCCCCAUCCCCCUUCCACCUCUAGGUUCUCUCUUCCCCAUCCCCUUCCCUCCAGUGGUAUCCCUUCCCAUUCCCAUUUCAUCCUGUGGGAUCUAUCUUCCACAUCCCCCUUCCU